AUGCAAUCUUUGAAAUUUCAGCGUGGAUAUUCUUCCGUAUCGAACCAAUUGUGUUCCUUCUCAUCGUUUUUGGCCUGGCCACAUGAGACUUCCGCCGCAGGUAUGUAUAGGAAAAAGGCAUGGGGAAUAUAUAGGAACGAGUUUUGUCAAAAAAAUUUUCUCUUUUCCAUAGAGAUGAUAGUUUUUUUGGUUGUGAUAUUGUUUUUUUAUUGUUUCAACUACAAGGUUUUUUUGAAAAGAUCUUUGAAAAACUGGCUUCGAAAUUUGUCCUAUUAUGAAGAAAUACGUACUUUUUUUAAAUAAUAAUAUUAUUAUUGACAGAUGAGCGUGACCCUUAACGAGUUCACUUGAAUCUUGAAAUUGAGAUAAUACAUUGUACAAUUAUACAUCCUUUGAGUCUUAGCGGGAAACUUUGAACCCCUUAUAAAGCCUUCCUAAAAUUUCAAAAAAUGAAAAAAGGCAUCACCAAAAGCAGCCGAACCGACCUACCGUCCCGGCAUGCGAUUUUUUUCAAGACGAUAUUUCUUUGCAGAUGUAUGUUGCAAGAGAGCCAUCUCGAGUUACUCCACCUGCGAUUCGGUGCCCCCGGAGUGCGCGAAGUUGACUUGCACGGAGGCGCCAAUAGUUAUCCAAGAAACUGAUUUGAAAGCAAAUGAUGUUUCGAAUUUCGUCAAUACGGUUGAGAGGAUCAGCACACUCAGCGUCAUCAAGAACAAGGACAGAUUGAUGACGCUCUCUCAAGUGACCGCAUUAACUCACAAAGGACCUGGUUCGUUUCUCUGCUUUUUCUCUUUCUGUUUUUGAGUUUAUUGUCAUUUUUUUCAAAUUCUUUCAUUAUAGGCCCGGCAAUCUUUUUGGACGAUGCGAAACUCGAAGACUCCUCUUUCCAGAACUUGAAAGUGAUCACAGUCGACGACAUCAAACCUUAUUGCGAUGGCGAAAAGCUGAUAGACAUUCGAGGAAGUCUUGAUGACACUGUCAAGAAACGACUGGACCAGAUCUUGAAAGAAGUAAGUCAUCUUGAAAAUUGAGAAGUUAAACUUACUUUCUUAUACAUUUUAUUUUUUUUUCUUCCUGUAAAUAAAUAUUAUUAAAAUUAAUGACUUCUUGAAAGAUAGUUGGUUCUCGUCUAAUACGGUUAGAAAAAAGCAAGAGAAGAUCCUAGAAGUUAAUUUUCAGUUUUUCAGAACAAUUUUCAGUUUUUCAGAACAAAAGCGAACAAAUGCACCCAAACUAGUUUAUUGGUAUAUGGGAGGCUUUUAGAGUGAGGCUUUUAAUUUUCUGAAUCAUUUCUCAAAGGUAGAUGUUCGUGAAGACUUGUAUGUAAUUUUUCAAAUGAUUUAAUCACAAAAUUAAGCUGGGAAAAGUUUUGUAACCUAAUAACAUGUCUCUAAAAAAAAAAAGCAGUAAAAGGUAGCGAUCUUUAUUAGGACUGCAUAAUUUUCCGAGAAAAUUUAUGGAAAUUCCUCAAUCGCACCUUGACCAUUGAUUCAGAAGGAAAUAAAAAAGACGAUUUCUUACAGACCCUGGCCCCUUGUGCCACCUUAAAAAACCCGGCCUCUGGAGGCCCUGCGAGCUCUACGAGCUCUGCGGACUCUGCAGGCUCUUCCGGCUGUUCGGGCUCUGCAGGUUCUGGACGCCAAGUGGAAAAUACGCCAAGCUGUCCCCCGUGCACUCAAAUAAUUGCCGGCGCCGUGGGACCUGCGAGUAAGUUUUUUGAUAACUGUACUAUGUGAAAGAAAUUCGAGUAUUUUUAAGUGUAGGGCCAGUUAAAAAUGAGUUUUAGAUAAUGGUUCCAACCUGUUGGCAUUUCCAAGUCUGAAACUCUACAAAAUUGUAGAUUAUUGAAGAAAAAGUUCUUGUUUCAAUUCAAGAUUUGAUGUGAAUCACCGUAAUAUUUGCCGAGGUAACGUUUAAUUGUAAGCAUUUCAAUGAGGUGGAAUUCAAUGGAGAAAAAGUCCAAAUCGAGAAUUAUUUUUGCCAUGAACCUGGACUAUUUGAACUUGAAUGGAUUCUUUGGGCGCCAGUUCAAAAAAUCGAAAAAUCUGAGAUGAUCUAAACGUUUUUUGCUAAACUGAGAAGCUAAAAAAAAUUUGCAGUUCUGGGUACCGUACUCCCUGGCAUUUUACUUAUCGCUCUCAUGGUUUUGCUUCUCGGGAUUAUGUUUUGGUUCAUAUACAAGUGCUAACCCACAUUUUUGGAAUCUCAUAUCGGCUUCUUUUCGAAUCAAAAUAAAUAUUCCUUUUGCCGUUUGAAUGAGUUUUGAAAAAAAAUCAUUUUUUCCACCGUCGAAAAGUGACAUUUUGAAUUUUACUCUUCCGGCUCAAAGUCAUUACUAACCUCGAGACAACAUCAGCUGAAUGAUCAGUUUUCAAGCUUUUCGGGUAAUCUGGACAAAAAUAAGUUAUUUCAAUCUAUCAGAUCGCGUGAGCCGAUCUCACGAGCUAAUAAAUUAUUUCAAUCUAUCAGAUCUCCUGAGCCGAUCUCACGAGCUCUGCGUAGUAAGGCUCAUUCCCAGCAGUUCGAAGCCUUUCGGUCGACGCGACUGAUCAUCAGAUCGGUCGGGGUCCUGUCGGAGUUAGACAGGAUCCUGGUGAGAACCAGGAGAUCUCGUACACCUGGUUCGAACCAAAAAUCGGAUCCAACAUGGAACCGAGGUCUGAGGCCCCGUGCUAA